GUAAAUAUGAAUCUUUUCUUAGUUUUAUUUUAUAUAUUAACAUUUAAGACUGUUAUCUAUAACGUUAAAAGAGUACGGAUUUUGUAUUAUGAUUCAUUUCAUUACAUAAUCUCGAUAAUUUAUCACAGUUAUAAAUAAGAUAGUGUUUUCGAAAAUUUCUACCGCUAUAUGUAACAUUACCUACAAGGACAGUAAAAAGUAUUGUUUACCAUUUCAUAUUAUUCAGUGUACCACAAUCCAACAUUCCACGAUUUAAACGUAUUAUGGAUACUGAAGAAAAAAUUAUCAAUAAAUCUGAUCUGUUAGAAUCGAAUAAAACAUCAUCAGAGAACUCAUCAAUCAUUGGCAAACCAAUGGAUUCAGAUAAAACUAUUUCAACUAAGUUAAAUGAUACCAAUGAAGGUUUAUUAGAAAAUACUUCAAAUCAAUCUCAUGAUGGAUUAAAUCCAUCUGAAAUAUCAAAAAAUGAUGAAACAACUAAAAAUAUCAUCAACGAAAAACAUCAUAAUAUUUUAAUUGAAAAAAUAGCAGACAAAUCAAUCGAUUCACUUGAAAAACAUGAAUUAAAUAAUAAAGUCUCUUCAUCAUUACGUUCAAUGAAAGGUAGACGUAUGCAUACAUUGAAUCAAUUAUCUAAUACAUCGGAUCAUCUUCAUGAUUUAAAACAAAAUAAUAAUAAACAUAAACAAUCAAAUUUAAAAUGUAAAAAAUUUAAAAAAUAUUUAAAAUCAUUAAUUGCAUUUUUAUUUUCUCAUAUUGGUCUUUGUUUAGUUGUAGUUGGUUAUUGUACAUUAGGAGCAUUUUUAUUUCGUUUAAUUGAACAAAAUAAUCAAUCAAAUAUUAUACAUAAUUAUACUACUGAAUUAAUUUAUAAUCAUAAAAAUAUACAACAAUUAAUUAGAAAUUAUCAUCAUGAAUCAUUAAAAUUAUGUAUGAAUCAUGUAAAUUAUUUAUAUUCUAAUGAGAUAAAAUGGAAAAAUGAUAUAAUCAAUAUAUUGAUUUAUUAUGGUUUUUCAAUAAAACCAGAAUUAUUUAAAAUGGAAUUAGAAAAAUUUAAUCAAAAAUUAAUUAAACCAAUUAUACCAAUCAAUCAAACAAAUUCUAUUCUAAUCAAUAAUCAAUUAAUAUUGAAUGAAUUAUAUAAGAAUUUAACAAUCCAUUUAAAUUAUUAUACUGAAUAUAUUUUAUUGAAAAUAAAUGAAUUCAUUGAAAAAUUAAUCUAUAAUACAUAUGAUGCAUGUAAUUCAGGUUGGAAACCUGUACAUUCAAUGAAUAAUUUAUUCAUAUAUAAUAAUAAAACUUAUCAAAAUAUUUAUUCACAAUGUUAUAAAUAUAAUAAUUGUACGUUAGAAACUAUUAUUAAUAAUAAUAUUAGUAGUAGUAGUAAUAAUAAUAAUCAAAUCAAUAGUAUAUGUGAUUGUUUAAAUGAAACAAAAUGUUUAUGUGAUAAUAUAAAUCAAAUUAAUAAUUAUUCAAAUAGAUUAUCUACAAUUGGUAUUAUUGAAGAAUAUCGAGAUCCUUGGACAUUGACUGGAGCUUUAUUAUAUGCUGUUACUGUUGUUACUACUAUAGGUUAUGGACAUAUUGUACCUAAAACCGAUCUUGGACGAGCAAUAACUGUAAUUUAUGCAUUAUUUGGUAUACCAUUAGUACUUUUAUGUUUAACUAAUCUUGGUGGAUUUUUAGCUAAUACUGUACGAAUUAUUUAUUCAAAUUCAUGUUUUAAAUAUCAUCAACAUCGUAUUAAAAAGAAGUUAACUAAACAACAACAUACUCAAUCAAUAUUACCAAUAACAAGAGAUGAACAGUUACAUUUAACAAAAAGAAUAUUACCAAAUAAUCGUAAAAAUAAACUACCAAAAUUACAUAAUACUUUAGGAGAAAAUAAUGAAACAUCAAUAAUCAAUCAUCAUAUUGAUUCGAAUAAAUCGAUAUCAAAAGAAUCCAUUAAUCGAUUAACUUUAAAUGAUUAUCAUACAGCAAGAUUUGAAAAACGAGCUCAAUCUAUUCUACAUACAUUAACUAGUUCACAAUCAAUUAUUUCAUCAGGUAUACAAAAAAAAGAAAGAAAAAAUAAAGGAGUACACGUACCAAUAUGGUUAACAUUAUUAGUAUUUUUUAUUUAUAUGAUAGUUGGUGCAAUUAUAUUUGCUAAAUGGGAAAAUUGGAAUUUAUUACAAUCAGGUUAUUUUGUAUUUAUUACAUUGUCAACAAUUGGAUUUGGUGAUUUUGUUCCCGGUAUACAAACUGAUAAAUGGCAAGAAAAUUCUACAAAACCAGUAUUUUGUUGUUUCUAUUUAUUAUUUGGUUUAUCUAUGGUUGCUAUGUCAUUUAAUUUAAUGCAAGAAGAAGUAAAAACUAAAUUUAGACGAUUUGCUUAUAAAGUUGGUUUAGUUGAAGAUUAAAUAUUUUGUUUCUAUGGUGAAAACCUCCUUUUUUUUAGAAAAAAUAAUAAUACUUAUGAUUACUUGAUUAUUAUUCAUUCUGAAAAUUGUCUUCACUAAUUUACUUCACCAUUUCUCUCUUUAAAUGUUCAUUAAUUCUAAUUUAUUUGUUUAUGUGUUUGCUUUUAUUCAAUGUGCCUCUAAUUAUUAACAAUUUUAUAAUAUACAUAAUGAUUUGAUCAAAGUCAGUUUAAAAUUUAACGUUGUACACAUUAAUUAACAAUAACAAUGAACUCAAUCAUCUCAAUGAUAAAAUAAUAGAAAUAAUAAAUCAUUGCUUUUCAAAUGUAAAACUGUAGUUGUGAUUUUAAGGUAUCUAUAAAUUUUAGUGCAAUAAAUAUGUAUAUUAAGAACCAUUAUAAGAGUCUAUUGUUCAUGUUUAUUAUAUAUGUUGACCUGUUCUAUCCUUUAGUCUUAUUUUCUAAAUACUUAUCUGUAUUGUCAAGAAGACAUAAUUAGUAUUUGGAACCUUUAUUCAUAGUACAUUCAAAUACAUCUAAUAUAAAUAUUUACAUAUAAUUCUAUUCCUUCUUCCAUUCACAUUCAAUGUGGGAAACUUCACGCG